AUGUCUGGUCGCGGUAAGGGUGGUAAAGGCUUGGGGAAGGGGGGCGCCAAGCGCCAUCGUAAAGUGCUCCGGGAUAACAUCCAAGGUAUUACCAAGCCAGCGAUCCGUCGCUUGGCUCGACGCGGGGGGGUGAAGCGUAUUUCGGGCUUGAUCUACGAAGAGACCCGGGGAGUGCUGAAGGUGUUCUUGGAGAACGUGAUCCGCGAUGCUGUCACUUACACUGAACAUGCCAAGCGAAAGACGGUAACGGCUAUGGAUGUGGUUUAUGCCCUGAAGCGCCAGGGCCGCACGCUCUAUGGUUUUGGCGGCUAAACGGGUCACUAAAGUCAACAGGAUAACA